CUCGCUUAGCAACAGAUAGCUGUUUUGUUGGCUCACCGCCCGUCCGAGGAAGAUUUAGAUCUUAUAUCCCAACAGUUCGGCUGUUUUGGCUUCACAUCCAUUUCGGAGAUUUCAUCGGAGACAUCCUCGGGUUUUUGAAAACUUCUAGACGUGUCGUUAGUUCGAUACGACUCGAUUCAACAUGGGCUACGAGCUGGAUAUGAUCAACAGGGAUCCCAAUGGUCUCAACGACCACGUGAGGGUAUGUCCAGCACACAUCUUAGUGUAGACUAGACGUAAUUUAAUAAUAUUACGAAUAUUUGUGUAAUGUUUCUUGUAAUUGGCUCGUGAUAUUAAAAGUAACCUCCACAUUUAUCUACAGUAACACUAAGCAAUAUUUAACACACAAAUAAAAGAACAAAAAAAAAUUCUAUGGUGCCUGUAAUAAUGAUCAAAGAGCGAAUUAAAUCAAAAAGCGAAAUUGGAACUUAAAUAUUUUUUUUGUCCAAUAUAUUUUUGCAUCUAAUUAGAAGACCCUAGGGCUAAAUAUACUUUACUUAAAAGUCACAUUUAAAAAAAAAAAUCAAUUUAAACUGCGGCCCUUUCUUAUAGGGUUUAGCCAAGUGUGCUGCAGAAAUUUGAAAAAAAAUUAAAAUGGGUUUAAGUUCCUGAAUUAAACAAGACUAAAAAUGAAAAUGAUCACGUUUUAUAGACGCAAACAUUAUUUGAGCUUGAUUAUCUCAGAAUGAAUAUUUUGUGACUUUAAGUACUUUUAGCACUAAGGUCUUCUAAUGCAUUUCUACAAGUCAGUGCUAGAGUAAUUAUUUCUCUUUUGAUCUCAUUGGUUUGUUCCCCAUCUAAGGCGGGUCUCUAAACCCUUGUGAUGUAGAUACUACAUUGCAUACCCUACAGUGAGACACCGUGCAGAAAAUAGUAAUAACCAAAAAUUUAGCUUUAAAAAAAAUGUUUUCGAAUUUUAAAAAAAAUAAUAUACAAAUUUCUAUAUGAUCUAAACAAAACAUGGAUUAAAUUUAUUUUUUUUUGGACCAGGUUCUUUUUGAUGAAGUUCUCGCCGAGCCAGACGGCGCCCAUUCUUUCAACUGCGUGUGGAACUGCGCCUUCAAGUGCUUCAACUGCUGGAAAGGCUGCUGCUACAAGACCUUGACCCUAUUCUGCGGCAUCCCGCUGGCCAUGUGCUGGGGAUGCGAGUUCGCCUACAUCACCUUCUGGCACGUGUGGUACGUCACCCCAUGCAUGAGGACCUACAUGAUCAACUGCGGAUGUCUCCAGAAGUUCUACGGCACUUGUCUGCAGUGUUACUGCCAACCGCUCUGCGAGGCCUACAGCUACUUCUUCAGCAACAUCAGAGUGACAAAUUAUUCGGGAUAAUGUUUACCGAGGUGUUGUUUGAAAGGAGCUUAAUGUUUUUCAUUGAACUGGCCAACUUGGCAAUCUUUUGCUUCAUAUCUGUGAUAUUAUGCCAGAUGAUGUCUAAGUCACCAAUUAUAACCAAUUUUAAAUUUAGACAACCUAUUGAUAGAAAAUUCUACAGAUGGACAAGAAAGGUCUUCGAAACUAAACUAUACUUUAAUUUAUUUUUACGUUUCUCAAAUGGCUGGAUUUUUAAUCAAGGAAAAUGCAUUAAAUAGAACACUGGUAAAUGGCUACCACUUUGCUAUUAUUUGGAACUGUGAACAAAAAAUCCUCCUGUAAUAUAUUGUUUCCCAAAGCAAUGUUCUUAUGUUGCCCCUUUUUUCAAAUGUUCGUUCUUUAUUUCGUUACAAAAUCAUCGCAAAGUCAUCAAGAUAAAUCUGUGAUAUUUUUUUUGAUUGAAAUAUUUGUGAUUUUUGUCUCACCCCUUUUUCAAUUAAUCUAUGCCCAUAUUUUUGUUUUACAACCGAUUGCUACAGGGAUCUCAUAGGACGUACGUAGUCAACAAAAUGUACUUUCGCUUUGUACAAACAGCACUAAUAGUAAUUAACAUUUCCUUUUUUUUUUUGGAUGUUUGUUGCAGCACACGGUAUUAAAUAUGCACAUAUGCCAGUACAUGGAUGCAGCAACGUACCCUAUCAGAAUCAGACUUAGGAACAUGCCCUUGAUGAAGGCUUUGAAUGAAAUGGCCUGGAUAUGGAUACAACCCACGCCUUUAACAUGGCGGGAAUGUUGCCCUAACCAACUAACAUCUGUUUCUCACUUUUGGGGCUACACGCCCUUUCUACUUCCGACACGCCUGUGGCACAUUAAGUCGCACUUGCCUUCGGAGUCUUAGUGACAUAGAUUGUGAAAUAGAACGAUCGGAGAUCUGUCAAUCUUAGUUGGUAUUAAAAUAAAAUGUAAGACUGAGCAAAGUUCCAAAAUGUCAUAUCGCUAUGAGAUGGGCAACCCUAAUUCAUCCUUUAUCAAUAUGUAAUGGGCAACCCUAUUUUAUCAAUAUGAGAUGGGCAACCCUAUUUUAUCAAUAUGAGAUGGGCAACCCUAUUUUAUCAAGAUGAGAUGGGCAACCCUAUUUUAUCAAUAUGAGAUGGGCAACCCUAUUUUAUCAAUAUGAGAUGGGCAACCCUAUUUUAUCAAUAUGAGAUGGGCAACCCCAUUUUAUCAUUAUGAGCUGGGCGACCCUGAUGUAAAAAUUAAUUAUUUUUUUUUGGGAAAAACAUUCAAAGGAGCAUGACACAAAACUCACGUCAAUGUAAAUACACUGUCUGAUUAUUUCAAACUUAGACAACCCCCGUAUUAUUAUAUCAUCUCAAUGCUGCUAAUUGCCUUUCAUAUGUGUCAAUCACUGUUUUUCUUUUAUCUCUCCACCCAUCUACACCUGUCAAAUAAUUUAAAUCAUUGAUCUCUUUUUUUUUUUUAAAUGUUUGUAACGUCAUAUAAAAGAAUGCAUGAUACCAAUUUAAAAUCGCAAAACUUCCUUUGUAAAACAUUUUUUUUAUAAAGUUAUAACAUGUUUCUUUUAGAUUUAAUUGUAUUACAAGAAUGAAUCCAAUCCAGCUUUUUCUCAGCUGAACGCACGCUCCAUCAUGGAAACUUGGCAAAAUUUUAGGAAUAUUGAGAUAAAAUCUUGAAACCACUGAUUUACUUAAAUAAAUUUCACGCUGGAAUUGAUAAUACCAAAUAGUAAACACCCCAUAAUAUUAUUCAAAAAGAAUUUUUUAAUAGAAAAUUUAGAUUUGGCUUAAACACGUAUGUUAUUUAAAAAUUCAGAUUUAUUUGGAAAUUCAUUUGAAGCGUCACUCUCUUUGAUGAGCAUCGCAUUUGAAUACAUGAAUGCUAUAAAAGCAAUGAACUUGUUUUUUGUAGUUUUUAUUCAUAUUAUCUAUAUCAUAUUGUGUUAUUUGAAUUUAUUUUGGAUGGCAAUUGCGCUCCACUUAUUUUGAUUUAAAAUUUCAUCUCCCUCCUUCUCUCACUCUACCUCGCGUCUCAUCUCGAUUAACAAUGUCUCAGCAUCUCUGCAUUUUUUCUAACUUUCCUUUAAGGAGAAGACAUUAAUUGUUGAUUGUAACAUAAUGUCAUGGUUUACACUUGUUAUAGUCAGCAAUUUUUCUCUAACUUUACACUGUGAGUGACCGGCAGGAGAUAGCUACAUCCCAGCAAAUGACCGGUGCCAUCCAAUUUGUUGUAAAUAGUUCGUAUGCGAACUUAACUAUAACAUUUUUUUUUAAAAAAUGCCAUUAUUGCAAGGGAAACCUUUCUCUCUAGCAGUAAGCCCGGUGCCCUUACAACUGUGUCGUGGGUUCGCGUUCUCGACAAUGGCUGUGAAAGACGUCAUUAUAGGCACACACCAUUAUACCUUAUUUAAAUACCAUGUAUUUCUAAAUAUCAAUAUCCUAGUGUCGAUCUGAUCUAUCAGGGGCGUAUUUCAGUAACUGUAAUAUAAUUACACUCUGGGCUGGAAAGUGUGUUUGCAGGAAUGAAUCAUUGGUUUAAAAAUAGAGAUUUUAAGAAUAAAAUAUAAGCCUUUGGCAACAAACAAAC